CAUUGGCCUCGACGCGGCUACGUGAGCUCAUUCUCGCAUUGACCACCAAGCCAGUAUGACGACAUUCAACCCUGCUGCCUCCGUGCACACGCCCACGAACGACGAAGCGCUCAUCACGGACGCGCCCUCCGCUCGCCACUCGACUCGCCGUCGCGGCUGGCUGCUCCUGGCCUCGCUCGUGGUCGUUGGUGCCGUCGUUGGUGCUGUCGUGUUCGUGGCCUCGCCGUCGUCGUCGGCGUCGUCGUCGGCCACCCAGCUGUCGGCAACGGACGAGCUCUCGACCGCGGUCAACCUCCCGCAAGUCAUCCUUGCGGCACUCCAAGAAAACAAGCCCAACCUCGCGCAGCUCGUCAAGGACAACGUCCCGGCGUCCGCGGGCAAGUGCAACGAGAAGAACCCGCCCAAGCCAUGCAAGGAGAUGGGUUACCUCUACAACGAGAAGGGCUCCAACUACAAGGCGCUCGCGCGUUGGAUCUCGGGCCUCAACGUCAUCCGCUUUGAACAAGUCGACCUCACGGCGUCGGCCAACGGCACGCUGAGUCUGCGCUUGAAGGCGACGUUCCCGGCGCUCCCCGCAAGCCUCCGCAUUGACGGCUGCCUCGGGUCGCUCUGCUCCAACAUCGCCGACGACACCAAGACGUGCUGCGGCACGGAGAAGACCGUGACGCUCGUCGCGUCGAUUGGCUGCAGCGAAUCGUUUCCAUUCCUGCGCAACGUGCAGUUCACAACGGCGACGAUCACACCGAUCAUCGUGACGGUCAAGGCGCUCGGGCAGACGAUCACGAAGGACCUGACGCCGUCGAUUGAAGCCAAGUUCAAGGAGAUCGUGACGGGCCCGGGCUUGGAGUACGCCAACACCAAGCUCAAGGAGCUCUACGGCGACGCUGUCCAGUGUGCGCAGUAAAUAGCCUCCCCGUAUGUGUGUUGUGCAACGUCCAACGCAAGUCCCCAGUGCAAUGUCAAGUUCUAUCUCGUUCACCGCGUCCUUUAAGACCAUCAAUUUGACUGUCCUGGUUGCACA